UACCUUUUGCCCCUCUGCUGUGCCUGUGUAACUUUAUCCUGUGUAAAGUGCCCACAGUUGCCCAGAGAGAGCCCAGCAAAGGGAAUGGUCAAUGCCAGGCGUGGUGGCUGUGAUGGGAAGCUUAUAACCAGUAAGGGGGGAUUGGGUCCAUCCCCUGCUGCCUGCCCCAAGCUGCCCCUGCUUGGUCCACCCCUGCACCUUUUCCCGCCUCAUCUGGGGCCAGUUCUAUUUGGCGCGGGUGGCCGAGUCCCCACCUCAACUCUAGGUCCCUCGGCUCCCCCGCCGCGAGGACCCUAACGAGUCACAUCCGGGAGAGGGGUGCGAGGGGCGGAGCGCGCCCGGGAGGAGGAGACAGCACCUCCCCGCCGCCUGGCCGCGACCUGCCACUGCUGCCGCCCCUGCCGCAGACCCGCAGUCUCGCCCGAGCCCCACCAGCCCAGAGGCUGCCGCAGGUGAUGGCGGACGAGGGGGCGGGUGCCCUGGAAACCGCCGGGAGCCCACCGCCUGGGCCCGUGCAGGAGGGGUGCCAGCGCCUGGCCCCAGGAGCUGGGGGACGCAGGGACCCCGACCCUGCCGCCGGCCCCGGGACCACCCCACCUGCCCCAGGGCGCAAGGAAGCGGUCUCGGUGGCGACUGACCCAAGCAUGGAAAGCGGCCCCGACGGGGACGAGACCCCAGAAACGUGUAGCGCAGAGGAGUUGGGGGCUCGGGCGGGGGCCGGUGGGAAGGCCGAGGAAGUGACGACUGAGGAGGGCGCCAUCUUCGUGGAGGAGGCCGCGGAGGCGGUGGAGAAGCAGCAGGUCGUCCAGUGGGAACUGGAAGCCCUGAGCGGCCAGGCCGACAGGGCCCACCUUUUGCUUGAGCGCAAGUUUGGGAGGAUGCGCCGAUUGCACCUAGCCCGGAGGAGCUUCAUCAUCCAGAAUAUUCCGGGCUUUUGGGUCACUGCCUUCCUGAACCACCCGCAGCUGGCAACCAUGAUCAGCCCCCGGGAUGAAGACAUGUUGGGCUACCUGAUGAAUUUGGAGGUGAGGGAACUCCGGCAGGCCAGGUCAGGUUGCAAGUUCAAGUUCCGCUUUUGGAGCAACCCCUACUUUGAAAACAAGGUAAUAGUGAAGGAGUAUGAGUGUAGGUCUUCAGGCCGGGUGGUGUCCAUUGCAACUCGGAUCCAAUGGCAUCCGGGUCAGGAACCCCCAGCCCUGGUUCACAGGAACCGGGACACAGUACUAAGCUUCUUCAGCUGGUUUUCACAGCACAGCCUCCCAGAGGCUGACAGCGUAGCCCAGAUCAUCAAAGAUGACCUGUGGCCCAACCCCCUGCAGUACUAUUUGCUGGGGGAUAGGCCCCACAGAGACAGGCGAGCCCUAGCAAGGUGGCCUGCAGAGGCCCCACCUAGGGCCUGCAGGUUCCAGUCUGGCUAAGUCCUGCAUAGGACUCCUUUCCACCUACUGUGGACCUGGGCUUAGGCCAACAGUGGGUGCUUUACUGUCUGCCUUCUCUGGCUUUCUGUGACUCCUCUGGAUGUUCUGUGGACACAGUUCCUAGACUAUGGCCUUCGUGGCCACUCUCUGCUGUUUCCAGGGAACUUCAUGCUGUUCUGUGUCAACAUCACAUGACUGUCACAUGCCACUGUGUCUGCUUCAGUACAUCCAGUGCUGUGCAUGUGUCCUGCCACCAUCUCCAUGGCCUGGGACUGUCUGUGAUCUAGCCUUCCCACCCAUUUUUGACUGGCACUCAUGAGGCAUCCUGAGGAAGACGAGGCCUAGUGCUUGAAAGCCACAGCAGGAUGGGCUUUGCGUUUGUGCUGGCUGUGCUCAUGGCAGCCCACACAUGGGCUGUGGCAAGCUGAGUCUCAUCACCCCAGGUGAAGUUGGGGCAGUUGGUGCUGCCUGCCUACCAGGCUUGGGCAUUCCAUGGCCUCAGGACCACAGGCCAGGUUACCACCAAAUGGACUGUUGGGUAUUGGGCAGAAUGACCUUGGUGAGGUCUAGAGCAUGGAGCAGUGGGCAACACGGUCUUUGUGACUCCAGUGCUCUUCCACCCCAUGGUGGCCCCCAUCACAGCUUGCUCUUGAAGGCCUGAGCUCUGCCCCAUCAAUGCCUGGCCAUCACAUUUCCAUGAGUUUUGCCCAGGUGACUGUCAGCCCUUGACCUACCCUCAAUUCUCUAAGUAUCUCAACUGCCUGUGAACCCUGGUGGGCCACCUGCCAAUCUCAGGAGAGCUCCUAAUCCCCCAGAAGCCCCGCCAGGUUGGCAUAUCUGGGCACAUACUCAAGGCGGGGGCAAGGAUGAGAUCCUCCAGGAGCCCACUUUCCUGAACCCUAUUUCUGGACCCACAGAGAAUCCUUCACUGGUUCCCCUGCCCACCUGUUUUCAGGCUGCCAAGUUGUGGAUGCUGGGGAUCCUGUUACAUCCGCCUAGAUCUCACCAUUCUUCCUUAAAGUCACAGCUCAGAAACAAAAACAACUGAAGAAGCCAAGUUUUUGUAAAUAACUAAGAAGAGGGACUUUCUUGAAUUCACCUUUGUCUCCAGAGAGCUUGUCCUGUAAACUCUUUGCCCCCUCUGCUCACGUGCCCCACAUCAUUUAGCAAGGUCUAGACUCAAAGGUGGGCAGGGCUGCUAAGCAGACCAGGAAGUCCCCGGGGGCAGGGAUGGUUAAUCAUUUCAUUUUACACUGUGUUCUUUUGGAGGAACUUUAGUCCAACUCGUCUCCCUCCUCCAAAUCCAACUCCCUGUGUGCCCGCACCCCUCCACCGGUUGCAGGUUUCUGUAGGAACAAGAGCUGAGCUGCCUUCUCCUCAGGGACUGCAGGCUGUCUCCAUUUCAUUUAGGGGAGGUGGUGGCCCCUUCCUGUGUAAGGCCUGUCUUUUGCUCCCUAGGACCUUGGAACGCAAAAUUAGUGGGGACGGAAGUGCAAGAAGCUGGAGCCAGUAGGAAAGGCUGGGGCGGCUGAGGGCCUGCAGGUAGAGGAAGCAGAGUCCCCUGAUUUUUGCUAACUUUUUUGAUUCACCAAUAUGUUUUGUAAAUUAGAAGAGAAGAGAACACUACAACUUUAGAGUUUUUCUCCUAGUCCGGUAUGACCUUGUAUGUGUAAAGUUAAUGCUACUGGGUUUUUGCUUCUUUUAAGACCUGUGCAUCCCCUUCUCUGUGUGAGCCCACUGGGAAAUUGAGCUGUUCAGGCCUGUUUGUUGCUUUUAGUUGAGAACAUUUGUAAAACUGUCCAUGUAAUUGUUCUAUGUCACUCAGAAACUUAUGUGACUCUUCCUGAUUCUUAUCAGGCUGUGGCCUGAUACCAUAACCUGUUCUUAGAAGUAGUUUGAAGAAGGUGGUUUUUUAGGACUUACCACCAAAGUUGUUACCAUGUUUUGUGAGAUGACCUCCAGAAUGGUCUCGAUGAUCUGUGCCCUGGACUCAGGUUGCAAUUGGCCUCACUAUAACUGAUAUUGCUACUUCUUAACAAAUAUUUCCAGACUGACAUUGUCCAAUCCAGAGAGGUUUGUGGCACUUUUGCCUUCUCUAUGCAUGAUGGAAAAAUAAAACCUUUUUGUUCUGGGGUAAAAAUAACUUGGAUCUUGUUACUCCCUCAUCUAAAACUCUCUUGACACACCGCACAAAUGCCCCAGUUUCCUAUUGCAGCUGACAACACCCUGCCUUCUCUGGUCCUUGCCAGCAUCUGUCAUUCACCUCCACUUGGAUCUCUCUAUGCCGACUGACUCCUACACACUGGCCUCUGCUGCUCCUUAAAUACAGCAAACACGUUCCAGCUGCGGGGCUUUUGCCUUUGCUUCUCCCUCUCUCAGGAAUCUUCUUCCUGCAGAUAGCACAUCUCUGGCUCCCUCAAUUUGUUCAGGCCUCAAGCGUCGUUUCUUCAGAGGCUCUCCUGUCCUGCCCGCCACGAUUUUCUCCUUAUCACUUGUAACUCUGCAACGACCUUGUUUUCUUAUCUUCUCUCUUUCCCCUCUCACAUGAGUCAGGAGAACAGGUACUGAUCUGUCUGCUGCUCCGCCUCACGUGGUUCAGUGUCCAGCACCCCAGAAUUACCCCCGUGACUGAAUGACCUUAUCCAAACCACUUGCUGUGCUGUGCAGGGCUCCGACAAGAUAAAGAAUGAGGCAUGGUUUCUCCCCAAGGGUUUCGGUUGGGUGGGGACGGGUUGGGGUGGUGACGGGUGAUUGCAGACAGAAUCCAAUGAAGUCCAGCUCGGCAAAGAGUUUGCCCCAACUAUACACGAUGGAGGUCAUGGGUAGAGACUUCUCUGAAGU